AUGGCAUCCCUUAAGCAAUUCAUUCGAAAUGUCCGGUCGGCCAAGACAAUCGCCGACGAACGAGCGGUGAUCCAAAAGGAGAGUGCGGCCAUCCGUGCGUCCUUCAGAGAAGAAAGCCACGAUUCAAACGUCCGGAGAAAUAAUGUAGCCAAGCUUCUGUAUCUGUUCACCUUGGGUGAACGGACACACUUUGGUCAGAUCGAGUGCUUGAAGCUGCUGGCAUCCCACCGCUUUGCAGACAAGCGGCUGGGAUACCUGGGCACUAUGCUACUGCUAGACGAGAACCAAGAAGUAUUGACGCUGGUAACGAACUCUUUGAAGAAUGACCUUAAUCACUCCAACCAAUAUAUCGUUGGCCUGGCACUUUGUGCCUUGGGAAACAUCGCAUCAGUCGAAAUGUCUCGAGACCUGUUCCCCGAAGUCGAAGCCUUGAUGUCCACCGCGAACCCUUACAUUCGGCGAAAGGCAGCGCUGUGCGCCAUGCGUGUUUGUCGCAAGGUUCCUGACCUACAGGAACAUUUCCUCGAGAAAGCCAAGAACUUGCUGUCAGAUCGGAACCACGGGGUUCUGCUAUGCGGUUUGACCUUGGUCAUCGAUAUGUGUGAGGCGGAAGAGGCCGAGGAGGGCCAAGAAGGAGUGAUUGAGAUGUUUAGGCCUCUGGCGGGUGGACUUGUGCGUGCUCUGAAAGGCCUGACCAGUUCAGGAUAUGCUCCGGAACAUGACGUUUCGGGUAUCACGGACCCUUUUCUACAGGUCAAGAUUCUACGCUUGCUUAGGGUCCUGGGGAGAGGCGAUGCGACAACGAGCGAGUCAAUCAACGACAUUCUGGCGCAGGUGGCUACCAACACCGAUUCGACCAAAAAUGUCGGUAAUGCCAUUCUCUACGAGGCUGUCCUCACUAUUCUCGAUAUUGAGGCGGACUCAGGUCUCCGCGUGUUGGGUGUCAACAUUCUCGGAAAGUUCCUUACAAACAAGGAUAACAACAUCCGCUAUGUCGCUCUCAACACGCUAAACAAGGUCGUCGCCAUCGAGCCCAAUGCCGUGCAGCGACACCGCAACACCAUCUUGGAAUGUCUUCGCGACCCAGAUAUCAGUAUCCGGAGACGAGCUCUGGACUUGAGUUUUAUGCUCAUCAACGAGAGCAACGUCCGCGUGCUUGUUCGGGAAUUGCUUGCGUUUCUGGAAGUCGCCGACAACGAAUUCAAGCCGACGAUGACGACGCAAAUCGGGAUUGCUGCAGACCGCUAUGCUCCAAACAAGCGCUGGCAUGUUGACACCAUCCUUCGUGUGCUCAAGCUUGCUGGUGCAUACGUGAAGGAGCAGAUUCUGUCCUCCUUUGUCCGCCUCAUCGCUACCACUCCGGACUUGCAGACCUACUCUGUGCAAAAACUCUAUCUAGCCCUGAAGGAGGACAUCUCACAGGAGGGUCUCACACUUGCCGCCACCUGGGUUAUUGGUGAAUACGGCGACAAUCUUCUGCGUGGUGGUCAAUAUGAGGAAGAGGAACUGGUUAAGGAGGUCAAGGAGAGUGACAUUGUCGAUCUCUUUAACAACAUCCUUAACAGCACAUAUGCUACUCAGACCGUAAUCGAAUACAUCACCACGGCCUCGAUGAAGCUAACCGUGCGCAUGUCCGAUCCCGCUGAGAUUGAGCGUCUCCGUCGCUUCCUUAGCAGCCGCACUGCUGACCUGAGUGUCGAGAUUCAACAGCGGGCUGUCGAGUACACUAAUCUGUUUGGGUAUGAUCAGGUUCGCCGUGGUGUUCUGGAACGUAUGCCUCCCCCGGAGAUUCGGGAGGAGCAAAGAGUCUUGGGUGCUCCGACCAAGAAGCGCCAGAGCAAAUUGUUGAAGGAUAAGUCUAAGAAGCCGGUCAAGCAGGCGGAGCAGGAUAUGCUGCUCGAUCUCAUGGGUGGCGAUGCUCCAGCAACUAGCCCAACCACUAACGGCUCUCAAAACACAGCCGACCUUCUGGCAGAUAUCCUCGGUGGCGAUUCAGGCCCGUCAUCACCAUCUCCUCAACCCGCGCAAAAGCCGGCUGGAUCCGUCAACACUAGCGCGAUCAUGGGUCUCUUCGACUCCAAUGGCAAUACGCCUUCUCCCAACGUAUCGCAGUCCGCAUCUUCCGGUCUGGAUCUUUUGGGAGGCGUUGGGGCUGCUAUGUCGCCAGCCCCGAGCCCUGCACCUUCGGUUCCGGUGCACACAGCAUACAACAAGAAUGACUUGACUCUCACGCUUCAAGUUCAACGUGCCAGCAACGGUAAUGCGCAAAUUCAGGCGCGGUUCCGUAACGUUGGAAACUUUGGCCAAUUCUCCAAUGUGGGAUUGCAGGCUGCUGUUCCCAAGAGUCAGCGUCUGCAGCUGAAUGCGAUCAGCAAGGCAGAUCUGGAGGCUGGUGACGAGGGGAUUCAGAUGCUCAAAGUUGCAGGCCUGGCCGGGGCCCUCCCACCUAAACUUCGCCUACGUCUGCGGAUCACAUAUGCCAAGGAUGGUUCAGACCCUGUGACGGACCAGGUUGACUGGACCGAGCCAUGA